AUGUCCGAGUCAACCCCCCUGCUCCUCCACGAGCCGCCCAGCGAGCGCCCCCUGCCCGCGGCCUACGACGCCAAGUCGCUCGACGCCCGCUCGACCUGCUCGUCCGGCUCCUCGCGCUCCGACUACGCCGGCACGCUGCUGCGCGACGUCAUCAUCGGCUUCUCCGACGGGCUCACGGUGCCGUUCGCCCUCACGGCCGGCCUCUCCAGCCUCGGCAGCACCCGCCUCGUCAUCAUGGGCGGCCUGGCCGAGCUCUUCUCCGGCAUGAUCUCCAUGGGCCUGGGCGCCUACCUGGCCGCCGUGACGGAGCGCGACGCCUACGCCUCGCGGCGGCGGCGGGAGGACGCCCGCGGCGCCGCGUGCCCGCCCGAGGAGCGGCGCGCCGAGGUGCUCGCCGUCCUCGUCGACCGCUACCGCGUCUCGGGGCGGGCCGCCGCGCCGCUGGCCGACGAGCUGUGCGCCGACCGCGACCGCUGGGUGCGCUUCCGCAUGGACGUCGGGCUGCGCGCCGACGCGCCCGACGCCCACGCCGCCUGGGCCUCGGGCCUGACCAUGGGCCUGAGCUACCUCGUCGGCGGGCUGAUCCCCAUGCUGCCGUACUUUGCGGCGGGGGACGCGCGCACCGCCCUGGGCGUGUCGGUCGCGGUGACCGUGGUCAUCCUGCUGGGCUUCGGGUACGCCAAGAACUGGGUCGCGAUACGGAACCACCGCGCGGGCGUUUGGGGCGCCGCCCAGACGCUGGUCAUUGGCGUGCUGGCCGCGGGCACGAGCUACGCCAUAGUCAAGGUGCUGGACAGGGGGGAGGUGUAG